AUGUUGGAUGACAGAAACGUUGUGUUUGAGAAAAAAUUCACUUGGCUCUCUUUAUUUGGUAUAGCUUUUUCCUUAAGUUGUUCAUGGAUAGGUAUAUCUUCUUCGUUAGGUGUUGGUUUAGCUAGCGGUGGUCCAUUAUUAAUCAUAUAUGGUCUUCUAAUUGUUCUAUUCUUUAGUUGUAUGUGUGCAACUUCGCUUGGACAGUUUGCAUAUCUUAUACCGGAUAGUUGCGGGGUUAGUUUUUGGACUUAUAAACUAUUAGAACAGCAAACUGAAAACGAUCACACAACACUAAUUUCUAAUGAAAACAUAGAUGUAAAGCAAUCGUAUGUAGAGACCCUUGUUAGUGUCCAAAAACCCACUUGGCGUUCAAGAAUCCAAGUGUCCACUUCUGUUUUCGUUGCAAUGUUAAAUUAUUUUGGUGCAAUGUUUACUGCAGCCAGCAUCUGUUCGUCACUUGCAAUGAAUUGCAUAGGUAUGCAUAGUCUUCUACAUAAAAAUUAUGAAUACAAAAAAUGGCAUCUAUUUGUUUGCUAUCAAUGUAUCAAUGUUACUUUAACAUUUUUUAAUCUUUGGUCAGGACCACUUCCUACUAUUGGACAAUUGGGUCUUUAUAUCUCUCUUGCUGCAUUCGGGUUAACUUUGGUCAUAUCUUUAGUGACUCGUUCUUAUUACACAGAAGAACCUUGGUUUUCUGCACACUAUAUUUUUGGCCAUUUUGAAAAUAACACAGGCUGGAAUUCAAAGGGAAUGGCAUUUAUUGUUGGUUUGAUUAAUCCUAUGUGGGGAUUUGUUGGAAUAGAUUCUGUAUCGCACAUGGUGGAUGAAGUUGGACACUUUCAAUCUCGUUAUUUAGUGCCCAAAGUUAUGAAGCUAACAGUGAUAGUUGGAUUCAUAACAAGUUUUGUGUAUGCAAUUGGUAUGUUCUUUUGUAUUACAAAUAAAGAAUCUGUAACAAAAGCAUUUUUCCCAAUUCUUGAAAUCUACUAUCAAGCAUGUCACAAUAAAAAUUUAGCUAUAUUACUACAGUGUUUUUGUUUCACUACAGGUUAUAUUUGUGGGAUAGCAUGUGGGACAUGGCAAAGUAGGAUCUUAUGGUCCUUUGGAAGGAUGUUUGGUCAAAGUUAUGUACCAAACUCAUUACAUUCCAAUUUAAUGAAAAAAAUCGGGACUCUGACAGAAAAUUUUAAAUCUCCAUUAUACAGUCACUUCAUUUCACAGUUCGGAGUUGUUGUGAUAGGUUGUAUCUUUAUGGGAUCUGAUACCGCUUUCAAUGCUAUUAUCACAUCAUGUAUCACUUUAUUGAUGAUAUCAUAUGCAGUACCAAGUGUUAUAUUUGUGUUUUUCACUGAUAGGGAAAAGUUUGUAAAGGCCAUUAUUGAGAGAGAAAAUCUUUCACAUUAUAAAGUUCCAAGCUUUUCAAUUAUCCCACACAUCUGUUGUAUGAUGUGGGCUAUUUUCUGUCUGGUUUUCCUCUCUUUCCCAUACUCAUUACCUGUUGUGCCAUCUAAUAUGAACUAUGUUUCUGUUGCAUAUGGGAUUGUAUUCAUUUUAAUAAUAUUCAUUAUUCUACCAAUAUGGAUAUCACCAGAAGCUUGCUCCAAACCAUGUAUUUCUAUUGAUGAUGAAACAAUGUCAAUAAUGGAACAUGAAAAUACACAAUAUUAG